AUGAACAAUUCUCCAGCAGCGCUAAAGAUCAGUGCCUUUUUUGACGCUUCUGCAAUUGCAGCAAAUCAUGGAACAAAAAAAUUACACUCGUCAUCAGUGGCCACUGCUUCUGCAACACACAGAGCACAAAAUGAAGCAAACAAUGGGGUAAUUGGGAGGUCAUGGACUCCAGGUUCCUCGCGAGUUGUUUUUAGGUCAAGAUCUACUGCCUUUAACACAAUUACCUGCGAAAAUAUUUAUUGUCAAGCCAAGACAAAAAAGCCUCAUACAACUCUGGAAGAAAGAGUCCAAAUUCUUCUUUCUCUUCAAAAUGGACAUACUACAAGGCAAAUAGCAAAGUCAACAAAUAUUAGCCCCUCAACAGUUUCUCGUAUUAAUAAAAGAUGGUGUGAACAACACUCCCUCAAAGUUGCACCAAAACCAGGUCGACCAUCUACUAUAAAUGAAACAAUAAAAAAUAAAAUUGUCAAUCUCAUCACUUCGCGAAGGUGCUCAUCUGCUCCAGAGGCCCAAAAAUGUAUAGAAGAAAAAGAAAAUAUUAGGAUUUCAUCACCUACUAUUCGUCAUAUACUUCAUGCAAAUGGUUUACGUCAGUUAGAAUUUGCAAAAGAACAUGAACAUUGGACUAUCGAAGACUGGUCAAAGAUUAUAUGGUCUGAUGAGCCUAAGUUUAAGGUUUUUGGAUCAGAUGGAAAGCAAUAUUAUUGGAAAUGUCCAGAGGAACCAUUAAACCAUUUCCACGUUAAACCUACAGUGAAAUUUGGGGAUGGGUCAGUGAUGAUAUGGGGCUGUUUUACAUCUCGGGGUGUUGGUGGCUUUUGUAGGAUUGAUGGCAUGAUGGAUGCUAAAUUGUAUCAACAGAUACUUCAUGAAGAUCUUAUGAAUACUAUCAAAUAUCAUGGAUUUAAUGUCAAAGAGGAGAAUUUAUGGAAUAAGAUACAACAGGUUUGGUUUGAAAUUGAUGUUGAAACUUGCACCAACCUAAUCCAUUCUAUGCCAGAACGAAUCCAUGAUGUUAUCAAGGCGCAAGGUGGUUAUACAAGGUGGUAG